AUGUUCAAGCGUUCCUUUUCUUCCAAGAGCCGGGCGGGAAAAACUGUCAAGGCUGGCAAGAAGAAGUACGACGAACAAGCGAAAGAGAAGAUGCAGCAGAAAGUGGAUGCCAAAACGGACACCCCAUCGGCGGGAAGGUGUGCUCUGACUAGCCCUAUUGUCACUAUGGUGGUGGGUCGGGAGCAGCGUCUUUUCGCUGCACAUGAAGAUGUCCUGUCUCUUUCGCCGCAUUUCCGUGCCGUUCUGAAGGAAAAAUCUCUUGAGGAAGGCACGAAGCAACUGGUAUUACCCGACGAAGAACCCGAAAUUCUUUCGUGCAUUCUCGAGUUCCUAUACAAGGGCGACUACUACCCACGCUUGCUCCACGGCAAGCGUCGAGACUCUUGGUACCUCGAGAAUGCCCAGGAAACCAACAACGGUAGCCGUGGGUCGAGCGAGGCGACGUUCUUCCAUCCCGGUGUGGGAGACGUCGUUCUCCGGGACACGGUGGUAUACUGUGCUGCCGAGAAGUACGACCUGGAAGAGCUGAAGCGUCUUGCUCUUCGCAAGCAAGGCCUUCAAAUCGGCAUUCCAGCCGACGUGAUCUUGCGAUCUGCUCGAUAUGCAUAUGAUAAUACUCCGGACUCCGAGUCUCGACUCCGCGCUCAUUACCUGGCUCUUAUCAUUCGAAGCCGCAAGACUUUCAAGAGAAGCGGAACCAUGCAGAUGGAAAUGGAGAAUGGUGGAAAGUUGUUUUUUGACCUGUUUGUGGCGAUGUGUAACCACAUGGACGACCUAGCGGAGAUCCGGUAG